GACCAAAGGCUUAGUCUGAGCCUAAUUAGAUUUGCAGCAGGUGGUUGCGAGAUGUUAGAAGGGAAGAGCAGCAAAACAAAUGCAUGGACAUAGACCUGCUCCUGUACCAGUUCCGGAAAAGAUGGUGGCCUCUGUGCACCCCUUGCUCACCUCAAGCAAACAUGUUCAACCUGAUGAGCAACUGCUGCACCUGGGUCUCCAAAAUACAGGAGCCAAUCAGGAAAGUGACCAUUCUUGUAGUUGGUCUUGACAAAGCGGGAAAAACAUCUUCCAUCAGAGGGAUGUUAAGAGUCCCCCUUGGUGGGGAUGCAGGGCCCACCCAUGGCUGCAUCAGAACUGAGCUGAGAGUGGAGAACUAUCUGGUCACGUUGCUGGACAUCGGAGGAUCAGCCGAGUCCCGAGGAGCCUGGAGGCAGUACUAUGGAGAGGCCCAUGGCAUCAUCUUUGUGGUUGACUCCAGUGACAGGCAGAGAGUGAGGGAAGUCAAGGAGGUUCUUGCAGACUUGUUGAAGCAACCAAGGGUGGCAGGAAAGCCCAUACUAGUGUUGGCCAACAAACAGGACAAAAUGAACGCUUUGCUUGGAAGUGAACUGAUAGAGAGUCUGUCUCUGGAAAAGCUGGUCAACCAGAGCCGCUCUGUGUGCCAUAUUGAGCCUUGUUCUGCCUUAAUGGAUCUGCGACGCUGGUCAGACAGGAAGACGCUGCGAGGCCUUCGCUGGUUGCUCCGUGCAGUUUGUCUGGAUUAUCCAGAACUUUGUGCUCGUGUUGCUCAGGACAGCAAAAGGCCUCUGGAGCCGAGAGAGAGGGAAAAAAUUGGAAAAGCAGAGAAAGUGCGCCGAAAAACCAAAACAGAACGAAUGCGACCCAGCAAGACAGAUCUGCACCCGGUGCAUCGACCCAGAGAGGAGAAGAAGAAAAAGCCCAAAGAAGGGAAGCUGCAGCCCAUCCGGAACAUGCUGCAAAAGGAAAACACGCUUAAGAAAAAGCUGGGGAGAAAGAAAAAAGCCGUAAAGGUCAAAGAGGGAGAACUGAACAACAAAGAAGCCCAUGAACAGCAGGAGGAAGAGGAGGAUGGUGAAGGUAACGGAGGAGAGCAAGAAAACCCUGGUGACAGAGACAAAGCCAGCAUUGCCCUGAUCCCUCAGAGAAAAGGCAAACUGAAACCCAAGACAAGCGUGAAAGAAGAGAGGGCAGGUGCACCCGAAUCCCCGGAAAACGACGAGCUGCUGCUUAAAGUGAAAGGAGAGAGGAAAAAAAAGAAGAAAGUUGUGAAGGUGAAAAGAAAAAAUAAAAUCAACACAGAGGGGACCCCUGGAGGGGAGCUCAUGGACCUGUCUGAGACCUUUGAUCUCUACCGAAAAGCAAUACUGGCCCUGAAGGAACGCCAGGAUAAGGGGCAGUGAGAGGGAGUCCUGUUUGUGCUGCCGUAUGACUGUGAAGAAAAGAACCAUAGCAGUAGAAUACGACACACUGGGUGAUUGCGAAAGCUUUCUCUACUGCCCAUCCAUAACUACACAACCUGACUGACAACCUGACCCCUGAGCUUUGGGAGAAAACCUGCAGAUCCCAGAAGGUGUUGAAGGGCUGGUUUGUAAAUCAAGACAAUAACAAUUUAUGGAAGUAAAUAAUACCACUGAUUUCGUUAUGUCUGCUAUGCCAACAUGUUUGUAAGCUAUUUUGAAAGUAAGAAAAACAAUUUUUAUCUAAUUUUUUAUGGUGAUAUAAAAACACUUUCCAAAGUAAGCAGAGCUUGAUGAAAAUUAUAGCACUGUGAUGACCUGAUAUUCCCAUUUGUUUGUAAGUAAUAAAGAUUUUUGUCUCGUUGCAUGA